AUGACAGAAAAUAGAGAAAUUCUGAAGGCUGUUGGAUUGAACGAGAAGGAUAUUUUCAAUCUUACAAAGAAUGAGGCUUUAACAACAAAAUUCCUUCAAACUAUCAAGGAUCUACAAAUACCAAUUGAAAGCAAAUCAGAGGCUUUCAAUUACUCUUGCGGACCUCUCAUUUUGAAACUCAUUCAAUCUGUGCCCGAUACAUACAGCCACCGAUUGUUAAUGGCAGAGUAUAUUGCGAAGGGUAAAAUCAAGAGUGGUGUUCAAGUAGAAGAGGCUAUCAAAUAUGCCAAGAAGGGUGAUCAAUCAUUCAAUGUUACUGAAUUCGAACAAGAAGCUGGUGUUGGUGUUGAUGUGAACGAAGAGGUGGUCUCUAAAUAUGUCUCUGAAUAUUUUGAAAAGAACAAGUCAAACAUUUUGAAAGUUGGACCAAAUGCCGGAAAGCAUGUCGGAGCUAUUCGUAAUGAAUAUAAAUUGCUGAAAUUUGCUGACGGUAAUGUUGUCAAGCAAGUGGUUGAAAAGCAAGUUCAAACAUUCUUUGAACAAAAUAAGAACUCUGCUGCAGUCGAAGAGCCAAAACAAACAGACAAGAAGGAAACUGUUGCAACAACAACAACACCACAGGCACAAAAGAAGGUCUAUAACUUUGAUGCUCGUUUUCUUGAAACAGCUGUAAACCCACCUGAACUAUUGGAAAAACACAAGCAAGCAACUGGUGGUAAAGUUAUGACUCGUUUCCCACCUGAACCAAACGGAUUCCUUCACAUUGGUCACGCUAAGGCAAUGAAUUUAUCCUUUGGAUAUGCCAUGUCAGAAGGUGGAUAUACCUAUCUCCGUUAUGAUGACACUAACCCUGAAAAAGAAGAAAAGAUUUACUUUGAUUCCAUUAAAGAAAUGAUGGAAUGGAUGGGAUUCAAGCCUUUCAAAAUUACCUACACCAGUGAUUACUUUGAUCAAAUGUACGACUUUGCUAUUCAAUUAAUCAAAGAAGGAAAAGCAUAUGUUGAUUUCUCAUCAAAGAAAGAAAUUCAUGAUCAAAGAGAAAACAAGAUUGAAUCAAAAUAUAGAAAUACUUCCCCUGAAGAAAACUUGAAGAGAUUCGAAGAAAUGAAGAAGGGCAUGUACGAAGAGGGCCAAGCUGUUCUUCGUGUUAAAAUUGAUAUGAAUAGUGACAAUUACAAUAUGAGAGACUUUGUUGCUUAUCGUAUCAAAUACACAGCUCACCCACAUCAAGGAGACAAGUGGUGUAUCUAUCCAACCUAUGACUUUUCCCACUGCAUUGUUGACUCCCUGGAGAAUAUUACUCACUCCUUGUGUACACUUGAAUUUGAGAACCGACGUGAUUCCUACUAUUGGUUAUUGGCUGCUUUGAAUCUUUACAGACCACAUGUUUAUGAGUUCAGCAGAUUGAAUAUCACAACUGCCUUACUUUCAAAGCGUAAGGUCUUGGCAUUGGUUAAGAACAAGACAAUCCGUUCGUGGGAUGAUCCAAGAGUGUUGACUUUGGCUGGUUUGAGAAGACGUGGUUAUACACCUGAAGCAAUCAAGUCAUUCUGUGACGACAUUGGUGUCACACGUGUUGAAAAUUUGAUUCCUAUUGAAAGACUGGAGCAAUCUCUUCGUAUGGAUUUAGAUGAACGUGCUAAUCGUGUUUUCGCUGUUUUGGAACCUCUGAAGGUUGUUCUUACAAACUAUGAUGCUGACAAGGUUGAAUAUGUAGAAGCAAAGAAUCAUCCAAAAUAUGCCGACAGAGGCUCUCGCCAAUUGCCAUUCUCAAGAAUUCUCUACAUUGAAAAGUCCGACUUCAGAGAAGUUGACUCUGAAGACUAUUACGGCCUAGCUCCUAAUAAGACUGUAGGUCUUAGAUUUGCUCCUUGCAAUAUUCAUUGCGACAAGGUUGUCAAAGAUGAAUCUGGUAAUAUUGUUGAAUUGCACUGUACUGCUGAUUUUGAGAAGAAAGUCAAACCAAAGACAUUUAUUCACUGGUUAGCUCAACCUGCUCCUGGUGUUGAUCCAAUCACAGCUGAGGUUAGAUUGUAUGAAAAAUUAUUUACUGUUGACGAUUUAGAUGAAGUUGGAGACAAGUGGAUGGAUUAUAUCAAUCCAAAAUCAGAAAUUGUCAUUCAAAAUGCAUUUGUGGAUCCAGUAUUCAAAAAUCCAAAGAAUCGCCAAAUUUACGAGAAAUAUCAAUUCGAGAGGGUUGGAUUCUUUGUUGUUGAUCAAGACACGACUGAUGAGAAGUUAGUUUUCAACAGAUCUGUGACACUCAAGGUCGAUCCCAAGUUCGUAAAAUCAUUGAAAUAA